CAGAUGGCUGGACUCCGGCGCGGAGUGGCGGCGGCGGAGUCGGCGGGAACGGCGGGGUUUGGGAGACCAGGGCGACCGCAGGGCCGGAGGCAGCAACAGUUGGAGAAGCAGCGCUCGGCGCCAUGGCCGGGACCGCGCAGCAAAGAAAAGAAGAAAGUGAAUUGCAAGCCCAAGAACCAGGAUGAACAGGAAAUUCCUUUCAGGCUGCGAGAGAUUAUGAGGAGCCGGCAAGAGAUGAAAAAUCCUAUCAGUAACAAGAAGAGGAAGAAAGAGGCCCAGGCAGCCUUCAGUAAGACAUUGGAGAAGGAAGCAAAGGGAGGGGAACCGGACAUUGCCGUACCCAAAUUCAAGCAGAGGAAGUGGGAGUCCGACAGGGCCUAUGUCCGGCGCAUGGAACAGGAGGCCCAGCACGUGCUAUUCCUCAGCAAGAACCAGGCCAACCGGCAGCCCGAGGUGCAGGUGGCUCCCAAGAAGGAGAAGUCGGAGCGGAAGAAAGCGUUCCAGAAGCGGCGACUGGACAAGGCCCGGCAGAGGAGGGAGGAGAAAGCAGCGAGGCUAGAGCAGGAGCUGCUCCAAGACACGGUAGAGUUUGGUGAGGUUGCGCUGCAGCCCCCAGAGCUGACCGCCAAGCCCAGGAUGAGCCUGAGUAGGGACCAGCCUGGCAAGAAAUCACUGAUGCUGAAGAAGCUUCUAAACCCCGGCGGUGUGUCCCAGCCUCUGACCACCUCACUGGCCAGACAGAGGACCGUGGCGGAGGAGAGGGAGCGGGCCGUGAACGCCUACAGGGCGCUAAGGAGACUGCAGCAGCAGCGGCAGGGGACUCAGUCGCCGCAGCCACCCCACCUCGCGCCCGGGAAGAAGCCAGAGACGCAGCUGUGA